AUGGCUGAGUUUGGAGAUUUUAUAAGUGCUCUGGGGGAGUUUGGGCUAUAUCAGAAAUUGCUGGUACUGUUCCUUUCCCUCCCACUACUUCUUAGUCCUUUCCAAAUGAUUGGCCAAGUGUUCAUGGUUGUGGAUGUGCCUCAUCAUUGUGACACCAGCUGGAUCCGUGCCAUUGGCCCCAACCUGACGGAGGAAGAGCAGCUGAACCUCACCCUGCCCCGGGAUGCAGACGGGGCGUACGAGCAGUGCUCCAUGUACUCACCGGUGGACCGGGACCUCGCCUCCAUCGUGGCGUAUGGCCUGAACGCCACGGAGAAAUGCAGCAGUGGCUGGGUGUACCCCUCAGCUCAACCACCAUCCCUGCUGACCGAGUUUGACCUGGUGUGUGACAGGAAGGACCUGAAUGACAUCUCCCAGUCCGUCUACAUGGUGGGGCUUCUCCUAGGAGCUGUGAUCUUUGGGCCACUAAGUGACAGGGUAGGCCGUCGGCCAAUCUUUCUGCUCUCCAUCCUCCUCCAGUGCUUGUUUGGUGUAGGAACUGCCUUUGUGCCCCAUUUCUAUGUGUACAUGGCCUUCAGAUGUGUCAUGGGGGCUUCAGUGUCAGGACUUCUGAUUACUACUUUGGCUUUGGCUACAGAAUGGGUCGGUGUCUCCUCCCGGCCAAAGGCAGUGCUUAUUUCUCACUGCUUUGUUGCCAUCGGACAGAUGCUUCUGGCUGGUUUGAGUUACGGUAUUCGCAACUGGAGGCUCCUGGAGAUUGCAGGAUCUGCUCCAAUGGUUGUCCUUUUCUUCUACAUCUG